GGGGCUCAGCCUGCUUUGCAAAGGUAGUACCACCCAGUAGCACCACCCUGCUCAGAACGGGGUGGAGACUUAGGGGCUCAUCAGGACUCUCUCAAAAGUAGUUCCUUUUUUUAUUCCUGGCCAUCAAACCCACAGGAGCCCUGCAGAACACACACAGUGCUGGAAUUGCUGCCCGUGCAGCUGAGACAGGCCCCCCGAGCCUGACACUGCAGCUUGGAGCACCUUCCCUCCCUCCUGUGGAGACGUCCCCUUACCCGCGGGCUCUGCCAGCAGUACAGAGCCAGCUGUCCCUGCUGUCCCUCUCUGAACCCCUGGCAAUGGAGGUGAAGUCUCGGGUGAGGACACCGCACUGACCAGAAACCCUUCUGCUGGGUCAGGCACUGAGCUGAACUGCUUCAUGGAAGUUUUGGGUUUUGUGCAUUAACAGCAGGAUUUCCCUCACCCAAGACAAUGGAUUACCAAACAUUACCUGUGAAUGACUGGGAUGAGAACCAUGUCAAAUGCUGGCUGGAAUCUACUGGAAUCAAGAAAGAGUACGUAGAAAAACUAUACACAGAGGAAGUGACAGGUCCAGCACUAAUGGAACUGGAUGAGUCUUUCCUCAAAGACAUGGGUAUGAAGGGAGGCCAAAUCCAGAUCUUAAUCCGCAAGAGAAACGAACUUAGGCAGCUCCAGGGCAAUGCCCAGCAAGCCAAGAAUUCCAGCAGCAAAGUGCCGGACAGAGGGGAGGCACAAAGAGCCCCGGUGAGUCCCAGCACUGCCCCUGCUCAGAGCACGGCUGGGGGAGGCAGCUCUGGGGCCACAGGAACAACCAGCACUGCCAACACAGCUCCUGCCUCUGGCAAGAGGCAAAGGAGGCGUGACAAGGCCCAGCUUCAGAGCCCUGAAGAGGUCCUGGAGCUCAGAAACUGCCGACCCUUUAGAAGUCAGGAUGCUGACUUCAAGUACGUGAAAGACACAGUUCUUGCUCCAGAAUCAGGAGUCACUGAUUUAAUCAUUCCUUGCCAUGAAUACAAAUCUUUGGCCACUGCUGCAGAACUGAACAAAGAGCAACUGCAGUCAAAGUUUGCCUCUGAAGUGAUCAGAUUUGCUUCAGCCUGCAUGAACAUUCGAACAAACGGCACCAUCCAUUUUGGUGUCAUGGACAGUGUUGAGGACAAGGGUUGGAAACACGGACAGAUCGUUGGCAUAAAGGUCAAAAAGCGAGAAGACUAUGUUGAUGCACUGGAUUUAUAUAUAGAAAAAUGCUUUUGUGAUAAUGUACAGGAAACUGCAAGGAAAUGCAUUCACCCACCUGUUUUUGUUGAAGUGAUUUCAAAAGACCCUCAGGAACAAAGGUUUGUGGUGGAGGUUGACAUUGAACCAACAUACACCUUAGUAAAGAAGAGCUGUUUUGAAGUGUGUUUGCCCAAAUACAACGAAAGCAGCCACAAGGUGAUCCUGACCAAAGAGCCAGCUCUCUACCAGAGAGUAGGAGCCAAGUCUGAACCUGUGCAGCGCAACAAACUCACUGCCUUUAUUCAGGCUGUGCCAGACAGGGAUGCUCAGAGAGAAAAAGCUGAGCUCUCCAGCACACAAGUGCACACAGAAAUACCUCAAGAUUUAGGAAGAAAGUUAUCAAUCCUGUUAAAUGAUGGCAAAAGCUAUAUGGAUGAUUCCCUGCGGUACAUCCUUGUCACAAACAGAUGUGAGCAGGAUAAUCUGAACUAUAUCAACUUUCUAAUGCACCUGAACAUUUUCUGUGUCUUUGACUUUGAUGAACAUUCCAAUGUGUCAGGGCUGUGCAGCAAGUACAAAGAGCACCAUGAAGCAAGUUCUUACUUUUUACAGGAUUUUUUCAAUGAAAUUAAGACCGAUACCCCUCCCUCUCAGAAGCUGUUUGAUCAGACCAGCUGGAUAUUCUGCAAUGGGCGCAGUGACUUCCUCGGGGAUGAAAAACCUUGUGAUGAAAACACAUGGAUUAGAACGAAAAAAAAAUACCUUAAGAAAGUAAUUACUUGUAUCUGUGAGGAAAUCCUGCCACAGAGAUCUUUCAUUGUGCUUUUCCUAUUGCUAUCACCAGUGCAAAAACCACUUGUGGACACUUUUCAGGAAUUCUAUACAGAGAUGAAUGGCAUGGAGUACAUCAUUUGCAUUGCAGAGUCCAGAGAAAAUUAUGGAAGGUGGGCUAAUCUGGCUCAGGCAUCCUGCAGCAUUGAGACACUGGAACAACGCAGUGUUGUGGGCAUGAAACUCAGUCACAUCGAUGCCACUGUCCAGGCAAUGCUGCCUUCCACAGCUCAGCCCAGACACCUGCCUGUGUCCACUGGAGGGGUGUGUAUACUCCCCUCGAGGGAAGAAGAGAAACUCUACUCCCUUGAAAUCCUUUGUGCUGACCAAUGUGAUGAUAUCAAACCAAACCAUUGGACUGAAAAACAAAUACAAGAAAUAGAACAAAAUUUUUACCGAGGGAGAAAAAUCAUCUGGGAAAACUUGUGGCUUGCUGAUAAAAGGCUCUGUGGGGACAUCAUUGAACGGGAAGCGUGCAAGGACGCCAGCAAACUCCUGGAUGGUAUUUUACGAGGCACUGUCCUGAACUACCCUGUGGCCAAACUAAAGAUAUUUCACCACCCUGGAAGCGGUGGAAGCACAAUAGCACGGCAAGUUCUGUGGAAAAGCAGAAAGCACUUCAGAUGUGCUGUUAUCAAGACCUUAUAUCCACCUUCAACUGUUUGUAACCACGUGCUUGCACUUAGAGAUUAUGAAGAAAGAGAAAUCACUCACUGUUUUCCUGUGCUCCUCCUGAUCGAAGAUUACGAUGAUGAGUACUUUGAAGAACUACAGACUGUGUUAUUGGAGGCUGCAGCAACCAGGAAAAUGAACACCCCCAGACCUUACUUCAUCCUCGUAUGCUGCAGACGAUGCAAUGACCCUGAAAGUCUCUGCAAGGCUUCUCCACUGGACACAGUUGCUGUCACUCACAAGCUGACAGAGUCAGAGAAAAGUCUGUUCAACACCAAACUUGAGAAACUGAAGCAGAAAGAUGUCAAGCCAGAAUUCAUACUUACAUUUGUCCUGAUGUGCGAGGAGUUCAACGCCACGUACGUGUCAGACUUGGUAGCACACACACUGCACGGCAUAGACCUUCACUCCCGGGACACCUGCCUGAUGCGUUACGUGGCUUUGCUCAAUUGUUACGUACCCAAUUCCUAUGUUUCCCUGUCACACUGUGAGGCCUUUCUGGGACUGGGGGCAUAUACAGAGAGAACAUCAAGAGUAUAUGAUUUCAAACAUCGCUUGAGUGAACAAGCGAGAAUGAUUUUUAUCGAGCUAAGGGAAAGUACCAGUUAUAUUUCAUCUGUUCGGAUAAUACACUGCCUGGUUGCCAAAGAAAUUCUCCAUCAGCUUUCAGGAAAUGAAUCUCAAAGUCAACUUGCAAUGAAUCUUAUUCAGGAAAAGACACUGUUUGAAAACAGAUUUGGACGAGAAGAAUUCAUAAAGUUUAUCAAACAUCUCUUUAUUCGACGAGAUAAAAGAAGCAGAGGUGACAACACCGACACGCUCUUCUCCCCAUUCAUUGAACACGUCUGCGAAGCUGAAGACUGUGAAAAAGCUAUUGCUGUUUUAAAAGCUGCAUAUGAACUCCUUGGAAAAGAUCCUUUUUUUGCCCAGCAGCUUGCCAGGCUAAAUUACAUCAAUGAAAAAUUCGAAGAUGCAAAACAUUGGGCAGAGGUUGCAAAAGGUCAUUUGCCAGAUGAUUCUUUUAUUUUAGAUACAGAAGGUCAAGUCUACAGGAAAUGGUUUAAUUUCACUGUGGAUAAAAUGACAGAGGAGGACACUCCUGAAAUGGUCAUUGAGAAGAUACAGAUUGCUCUUAAAGCUAUGAAAUGCUUCAAGGCUGCACAACAGGCUGCGAAAGCAGAACGUGAAAUUAUGAACAACGCUGGCUUUCACGGAGAAGUAGAAGUAGGUUGUCGACUCCUCCGGUUCCUGUCCACAGUCCCUGUAUUCCGCAGAAGUCCAGAGGGGGAAUACACUGAGCUUGUGAAGUACCUCACCACAGAUUACAUUCCUGAAGAGAUAAAAAGAACAUGGGGGAGGCUUCACUCCCGCCUGAAGGGCUUGCGCCAGAACCUGUACAAUGCCCUGGAAUGGAUCUCAGAAGAACUAAGUUAUUUCCAGACAGAUAAAAACCAAGACAAGGAUGAUGAAAGUGAUGAAAAGGAAGAACAAAUUUAUAAUCCUAGAAAAUGGCUGAAAAGACAGUCUGAGGUAUAUGCUAAAUACUUCAUUUCAGCAUCACUUAUUGAGGAGAGCAACAACGGCCCUGAAACCGAGCUGAUCAGACGCAUGAGCAUUUACAAGAAUGGUGGAGGAAAUGUCACCAACAUCCUGUCGUUCUUAACAGAUAAGAAAGAGAACAGGUCAGCUGAAAAGCUAGAAAGGAUCCUCAGUUUGUAUCCAGACAACCCACUGAGGGACAGGCUGGAGGACAAUGACCUGAUCAAUUAUAUUUUGUGCCACAUCACCUUAGCCUGCUUAGCACCAGGAUCAGCCAAACUUCUUCCACUGCAAACUCUUCGUGAGCUCAGUACAAGAUUCUUCAAAGCAAAAAGACCAUUUCCAGCAAGUGCCUAUUUUUUGCUCACCUUGCUGUACUGGCCAGAUGAGGCAUUGGACAAAGAUCAUAAUCCAGACAAAGAUGAAAUUCUAACUUCAGCCCUUCAAACCCUGAAACGUUUAUAUGACAUCAAGAUGAAAGAUGUCCCUACCAGGAAGAGAAGAAUCUACACCCAUUUUUUUCUGGGAAAGGGUUAUGGCCUAAGUAAGAUUGUGCAGAAAGCUAAAAUUGAUAAAUUAAUUACAGGGCCCUUAGAUGAGAGAAGAAUGAAGUGGCUACAUGGAACUGUGUGGAAUAUUCCCAGGAUUCGUGACAGUCUCAAAAGAGUUUCUGGCUGGACAGAGGACAGGAAUUUGUUUAUAUAUGGCCACAAAAAGAAGCUCCCCAUCCUGGCACUCCAUCGUGAAUCAGUGCCCCUUGGAAAUGAAAAUGUGACCUUUUAUUUAGGCUUUUCAUUUAAUGGGCUUGUUGCUUUCAAUAUUGAGGUUGAAAACGAUGCAGCCUGCAGCAGAACCUAAGGGGUGUAGCACUGUAACAACAGGCACUGUGCUCUGAGAACAUACAGCACUGCAAGUGUCUGCCCUGGCUGAGCACCAGGGAGCAAGAAAACCACAAUUAACUCCUUGAAACCUACUAGGAAAGUGUACCUUGAGACAAGCCUUUGACAGUUCUGGAGUCACAGAAAGCAAGAUUUCAACCUUAAGACAGCAAGAAUUGCUGCCAAAGACUCACUAUUUCUCUUCCCCCCAAUAUCUGGAGAACUGAGCUCUGGAAUAAAACAGGUCUAGUGGGAUCCCUUUCUUCUCAGCUCACAUAUUAGGAUUUUAAGUUAAUUUCUGGGUGGUCUUGAUCAGUAACAGAAUUUGUCCAGUAACAUUUUUCUUCCUGAAUCAGCAGCAGAGAAGUGAACUCACACUGGCUCUGGCUGUAACACACUCCACUCACUGACACUGCCGUGGAUGAAGUGAGCCACCCAUCAACUGCAAAGCCAACACCCAGCAGAGAAGUAGUUUGAAAGCAGACUUUGCAAACAUCAGAUUUGAUAGAAAACAGGCCUCAAAUUUUAUCUAACUCCACUGCUUCUCUGGGUAAAUAUUACCUUAUUAGAUAUAUCUGUACCUGGGGUGGGGUGCAGACACACGAGCAGUGAAGACGUGGAUGACAUAAAAGAUUAUUUGUAAGCACUGUUAUGAGUCCAUAGUCUAAACAAUUCCUGCAGUUGGUGAAAUGUUUUUGCAUUAUCAUCCAAGAAAUGUAUAGAGUACAAGUCUUAAAUUUAUACCCAUUCUUUGAGAAAUGCAAGGGAGUUUGUUUUUUACCACUGUUUACAAUGAUCAUGUUACAUUCAGUUUCUAAUAAUAAAGCUGUCUGAUAUGGCUGGAGUUUGGUAUUGUUUGACAGAAGAUAUUGUGACUACAAUUGCCAGAAAAUCUGUCAUAUAACUUUUUUUAUCUAAUAAACAUCCUUUAUGAAGAAUUACCAUAUCUAC